UAGGCUUCCCUUCCACUUCCGAAAGGUUCCUUAAAGGGCCAGCAAAGCUUUAAAGAAACGAUUUAAAAAUGGAGACUAAAAUCAAUUGUCCCAUGAGAAUGUGGAGUGAUUAAAACGGGGAACUCUUGCGAUUCACAGAAAGACUGGGUUUCAAACCCAAGGCAAAGCAAUUAAGCGUAGCCUGCUGCAAGUCAUUUUUGAGGGGCAAGCACGUAAUGGAGCCGCCGGGGGCUGGAGUCGGAAAAGCCGGUGACUUAGAAGAGGCAGGUGAGACCGGACCCUGCCAGCGAUCUCCGCCAGUAUCUGUAGCAGCGGUUCUACCUGCCGGAGGAAGCGGGGAAAGGCUGGGUGGCAGCACCCCGAAGCAGUUUUGUCCCAUGCUGGGGAGGCCGCUCAUUAGCUAUACCGUGCGGGCGAUAGAAAGAAUCAACUGGAUUACUGAUGUUGUUGUUGUGGUCUCUCCAGAGAAUAUUGAAAUAAUGAAAUCUAUUAUUAGAAAAUAUGGCCAUGAGCGGACAACGGUAGUAGUAGGAGGACUAACCCGUCACAGAUCUAUUUUCAAUGGAUUGAAAGUAUUUGUAAAAGGCAAUGCAUUCUGUGCUCCACUCCAGAAACCAGAAAUAAUAGUAAUCCAUGAUGCUGUCAGACCAUUUGUAGAGGAGGAUAUUCUUUUUAAAGUGGUUAUGGCUGCCAAAGAACAUGGGGCAGCAGGAGCAAUCCGUCCUCUUGUCUCCACAGUUAUUGCUUCCACUACAGAGGGAUGUUUAGACCAUUCACUAGAUCGUGCCAAAUACAGAGCAAGUGAAAUGCCUCAGGCUUUCUUAUUUGAUAAAAUCCAUCAAGCAUAUCUUCAAUGUAGUGACUAUGAUCUGGAUUAUGGAACAGAAUGUUUGCAUCUAGCUCUAAAAUAUAGCAAAAUAAAUGCUAAACUUAUUGAAGGACCGCCUGACCUAUGGAAGGUAACUUACAAGUGGGAUCUUUUUGCAGCUGAUUGUUUAAUCAAAGACACUAUAUCACAGGAAGUUUGCAUUAUUACUGACAUAAAGGAAGAUGCGAUACAAGUGGGAUUUCUCCUUAAUGAAAAAAUGAAGAAUCAUGUGAAACAUGUUAAAAAUGUAGCAAUCCUCCUUCAAAAAAAUGACAAUCUACAAAAUAUUUUGUUAGGACAGUACUACAACUUUAUUUGCAUAAAAAAUAAACUGCCUGGCUUUGAGGAAGUCUCACUGCUGGUAAACAAACUUGAAAACACAGGUGCUUCGGUUCUGUACCCUGUUGUUCUCAUUUUGGUAAACAUGGGUACUUUAGAAAAUACACCUUUUAACAGUGGAAUUGAAAGUUUAACUAUACUUGCAAAGGAAGUUAAAAAGAAAAAUAUUUUACUUUAUGGUCUCUUUAUACAGUAUAAAAAGGAGAGUCUAAAGCUUCAAGAGACCAUGGAUUCAGCAGCUGCACUUAUUACUGUAUUAAUAAGAGAACGAAAUCCUGCAUUUGUUGGUAAGAAAAACAGGAAAAGUCCAUGUGAAAAAGAUGCACCAAAUUUUCAGCCUCUUUUAGGGAGAGGGAAGUACAUCUUAUACUCCAAAAAAUACGGUAUUUAUUAAAAUGUGUAUCGCUGUUAUUUUAGAGAAAUACUGUAUAGUUGUAUGCUCAUAGUUUUGCUGUUUUGUGUAGGUAGGAAAAACAGGAAAAGUCCAUGUGAAAAAUAUAAGUAUUGUUACAACCUUUUUUUGCUUUAUGUAGCCCCUACAAUUGAUUUCAUUUUAACAUAUAAUGGAGAUAGAUCAGCUUUCCCAAAAUGUUUUCCCUCAGAUAUCCUGGAUUUCAGUGUCCAUAAUAUCUAAACCCUGUUGAGAAUUUUAGAAAUUGGAGAAGACUAAAUUGAAUUUGGUGAAAAACAAUAGUAAAAUCAAUUGUAUGGGCAAAAUAAAACAAAGUAUUUCAAAUUACAUUUAUGAAAUAAGUUAUUAUAUCCUAAUAACUACAGAUAGGAUUAAACACAAUUACAUCAUCUCCAAAUGAAAUUCUGCCUCUUUUAGGAGAAAUAGAAGUAUUGCCACUAUUAUGGGUUUAUUCAUUUCAUGAGCUGACUAUAAAUUUCCCAAGCUGAAAAUAAAAGACUAAUAAAAGACUAAUCCAAGUAACUGUAAACAAGAUUUACACAUUCCACCACACUUAAGGUUUUUUUUAUUGAUUUUGGCCUAGCAAAUUGCAUCAGCCCAGCUGUUAUGGUUUGUUUUUCAUGGUUGUGGGUUUGACACUGCACAUGAAUGCAUCAUCUGUGAGUAAUGUAACCAACACUUUGCAUUGUCAAAUAUUGUGAACAGAUAACUUAUAUCUGUACUGGCAUGUGAGAAAGACCUCAGGAGAUGGGAUGAAAAAAAUGCUGCCUAGGAAAUGGUAAGAUAAACUACAGCUGCGUAAUAGGCAGAAAGAGACUCAGAGGCUUUCUUUCUCUCCUUAACAGGCUGUUAAGAAGGUGGUGGGAUAUUUGUACUUUCAAAGUUGCAACACUGUUAAUGUAGCCUUACAGUAAAGUAGAAUUGGCUCAUGUCAAUAUUUUUACUGUCUGGUUUACUUAGGAAGGCUUACGGUAUUUUAGGUAAUCCCUUUUUUAUGCAAAGACAGCUUAUUUACUAUCAUAUUUUUAUCCAGCCUUUAUUUUGUAACAAAUUGAGGGAAUAUAUAAUAUUCCUGCCUACUACAAUCUCCACAACAAUUCUGUAAAGUGGGUAGGACUGAGAGGCUGAUUGGCCCAAAGCUACCAGCCUGACUUUUAUGUCUGAAGGAAAACUAGAUGAUUUUUAUGCCAACAUCUUGACCACUGUACCACUUGUGUUCAGCAAUAAAUGGUAAACAUUUAGAUUGCAUAUUUAUAGUUCUAUGGUCUUGGUAGUAAGGACUGAAAGAGCUUAAAUGUCUUUUAAAAUGUUAAUACAUCGUUUAUUUUCUAUAUGUUAUUUUCAGAAAACAUUAAUACUAAUUUAAGAUGGUGCUAUCUUAAGAAACCAACUUAAAGCCCAUUUUAGUAGUUAGUUGUCUCUUAGUAUUCAUAUGGAAUAAUUUGUAUCCUAAUACCCUUAUGUAUGCAUGAACACACUCCAGUUGCAUUUAUGAUCCUCAACUGCAUGUUUUCAUAUAAUUAAUACACACACACACACAUACACACAUAUACACACACUAAAUAAGUUUGACUGAUGUUAGAUGAGCAUUAAGCAGUUUUAUAUUUUUCUGUGUAUAUUCAUGCAAAAAGUCUUUGAGGUUGAAUAGACAAUCAUAUACUGAGAAGUAUAUGAUAUGAUUAUAUACUGAUAUAAUCAAUACUGAGAAGGUCAUGCAAAUUAUUAAAAGCAAAUUAAUAUGGUGAAUGACUGCAUAGACAGAGGAUCUUUUGGGCUUGUUUUUCUAUUUCUGUUCAAUAAUUAUCUGAGUUCUUCAUACCAGUGCGUACAAUUGUUACUUUCAUACGCGCCAAGCACCAUCAUAGGAUGCCAAUUAGAAAGAACAAGACUGUGGUUAAACUUUUCAAGGGAAGAAAAAUAAAAAAAGAAGAAAGUCAUAUUUUUCUAAAUAUCAACAUUAGAAUAUAAAAAUGAGAUAUAGUGGUUAACAAAAUAAAUGAUAAAUUAAAGUUAAUAAUUUUGUACAAAUGGACUUAGAAGCAAAGACUGUAUAAUUUUUGUAUUUGCAGAAUAGAAAUAAUCUUGUUAGGCUAUCUUAUAGGGCUGUUUGAUUUCUGAAAUAAUGUAUGAAGUGCUUUGACUACUAAUUCAAAAUAAAACCAAUAUUAUCAACAGGAUAAUAA